UUUCCAGAAGACUACUGCUAUGAUGAGCCUCAGUGUGAUCCUUAUGCAUGGGGAGACAUGUACCCGUCGUGUCACCCUUUGCUUGAAGAGCUCCACUCUCCCAUUAACCUGGACCACCAGAUGACCAGAAACCAGUCUCUGGAGUAUCUACAUCUGGAGGGCUUCGAUGAGAUCCAAACGGGCCACUGGACACUUAAAAACGAUGGACACUCUGUGGUGAUGGAGGUUGGCAGUGGCAUGUCAGUGAGCGGUGGAGGUCUUCCAGAUGUGUACCACACCGUCCAGCUGCACUUCCACUGGGGGGGCCCGGCCUCCAACGGAUCGGAGCACACGGUGGACGGACGCAGAUACCCGAUGGAGAUGCACAUAGUCAACAUGAAGUCCAUCCAUCCCAAUCUGACGGUGGCAUUAGACGAUCCAACAGGACUCGCUGUGCUUGGAUUCUUCAUUGAUGUUGUCUAUGCAGACAAUGUGCACUUUGGACUCAUAUCACAAAAGCUGUCGUCUGUCGCUUACAAAGGCCAGACGACUAAAAUCAAGCCGUUCCCGCUGAUGAACCUGCUGCCGAAGCACAACAUGAGUCAGUAUUACCGUUACUAUGGCAGCCUCACCACCCCCCCCUGCUCUCAGGUGGUGGUGUGGACUCUGUAUGAAGUCCCCGUCUACAUCUCAUGGUCCCAACUGGCUCAGUUUACCUCACAGAUCUUCUCCACAGAGGAGGAUGCAGAGCAGGUGACGCCUCUGCAGAGAAACUUCAGACACAUCCACUCCACCUUCGGACGCAAAGUGUCCGUGUCCAAAGAUGCCAAACUCCUCGCGGGGACGGCCGGGCUUCCCCUCAGCUCAGCUUUGUCUCUGCUUCAAAUCAUUUUGCUGGGAAGCUUCAUCAUCUCUGGACUCUAACGCAACUUAAGGGGAUUCAUAUUUUUGCCACUCAUUUUAGAUGAUGUUUAGAUGAAGUCUAGCAAAGAUUAUAUAUUUUAAAACACUGUGAAAAAAGUACUGUAAAUGUUGAUUUGUUACUAAAUGUAUUAUGAUUGUGCCCUCUCGUCUCUGCAGGGUUAGUGCAUUCAGAAAUGUGAAAAUGUUUUGUUACUAACUUGUUCAAAAUAAUGUGAACUGAGGAUUGAGUUGUGAUGUAAUGUAGCUUGAAAAAGCUUGAAAAAGAUGCAAUAUACGUGAUUAUAACAAUAUAAGUGUUAACAGUAAAAGAAAAAUAGAUGUAUUUAGUCAAAUAGAAUAGUAAGAUACAACACUAAGAGUCUAUGUCCAGCAUGCUAGUUAAUGUAUAGCAUGCUAACAUUUGCUUAUUCGCACUUCACACAAAGUGCAGCUGUGGCGCAUAGGAAGGUUAUUAUUUUUUCAAAUAUCAUAAAACAAAGGAAAACAUUUUAAAAAAUCAAUUAAAAAGUUGACCUGGUGCUAAAUGAAAAGUCUAAUAUUUAAAUGAAAAACAAAAAAGUCAACCUCAUGGUGGAGCUAGCAUGGCAAAAAGAAAAAAAGGGAAAUAAGCGGUAAUCAUAAAGAUGUGUUUUAAAGGAUCUUUCUGUUGUGUUGGCUGGAGGUAUUUUCAGAAUAGCCCUAGUGUAUGCAAAGUUCACUUACUGCAGCAAGCGUCUUCUAAAAUCCAUCUAUUUCCCUGACAGUCAUUACAGGAAAACCACAGGUGUAAUUAUUAAAACAAUAAGUGGUGAAAUCCAUUCAGCUUUACGUGUUGUAUUUUACAUGCUAAAUCACUUAUACCCACAAUCCAGUGGAGCAGAACCAUUUGUAAUGUCAUCAGUAACACCUGUGCUCUGUUGAAGAACACCAAGCUCAUUAAGUAAUGUGAAGCUAAUGCUAAUGAGCUGCAACUCCUGCAUUCGCCAUGCAAAAUCUUCUGUGUGUGUGUGCAGCAUUUGCAUAUUUGGAUCGACCAGCAUCAGUGUAAACCAGCAUCAUGUAGACAAGGAGAUCAGGAAUGCAAGAAAAAUAAUAAGAUAGU